CCCACCCCCGCGUUGUUCCUAUUGGCCGCGAUGUUCUGGAGUCAUGUGUCGUCACCGCGUUUGAGGCCGGCGAAUGGCGGUGCAAUAUGUCAAUCAUCUUUUCACCACUUGUUGCUAGGGAGAUUGUUUGAUGCUAGCCAAGAUACCAGUAGAGGUACCUGUCACUUUUUUAAGGUAAACAGAGAUGCAAGCUAACUAGCUAAUGUGGCGACACGGCAUACUAUUUAUACCUUAUGCUAUGUAAUAAGGUGUAAUAUACAUGUGUUAUAGCAGUAGCCGGGUGUCACAACACAGGGUAGCUAACAGCUAACGUCAUAAGGACGAAGAUAGGAGAAGAGGGAGGGACCCUGCCCGCUACCCAACGCUGUCGUUGGUGCUAGCCAGCCCAGCGAGCCUUCUCGACUCUCCCAUUCACCUUCAGCAGCACCCAUAAGAAGUAGUUGUCCUAUGCCAGGGUGGGGUGAUGCUGCCUAUAGCUCUGUGUUCACCAUCUGUGAUCUGCUGAAUUUAAGAAGAACGAAAAAGAAAAAGCCAUUGCGCGGUGCGAGUCUUGGAAGGAUGGAGUGGUUGCAGUGGGCUAGGAAGUCCUGAUUUUUUAUUUAUUUGUUUGUCAUUAACAUGUGCUUAAUGCAAAUGUAGGAAUGGGAACCCUAUGAAGAUCAAAGCUUUGAGCACAAACUGGACUCACUCAGUGUGGAAACCCCAUCUUGGAUCUUAUAUGCCUGUUUCCACCUUAAGCCUGUUGAAGAGACCCUUUCCCCCUCACUAUCUCUAACCACUUUUUUAUGUUCAUGUAUCUAUCUCUGUCUUCUAGUACAAGUACAGAAGUAUUGGUCCAAGCUCCCCAUUUUUGUUUUUGUUUUUUACUUUCACCUUUUUGUUCCUUUGUAAAGAAAUGCUUUACCUGAAAAAAUACUUCACAGAGGGCCUGAUUCAGUUCACCAUCCUUCUGAGUCUCAUUGGGGUGCGGGUGGACGUUGACAGCUAUCUAAGCAAUCAGCUGCCCCCACUGAGAGAGAUCAUCCUGGGCCCUAGCUCAGCCUACACCCAGACACAGUUCCACAACCUGCGCAACACGCUGGACGGCUAUGGCAUCCAUCCAAAGAGUGUGGACCUCGACCAAUUCUUUACCACUCGGCGGCUGCUGAACCAGGUGCGCCAGCUCGAUCGCCUCUCUGUGCCCAGUACCGAGCUCAACACCUGGCUUGUGCAUCGUGACUCUGAAACUGUGGUUUCCACCAGCAGCCAGCCCAGCCCCAGCAUCACCCUGGACAAUGGGGGUGGCCUAGAGGACGUUAACAACCCUGACGCUACCCCGGCCAUGAGGGGAGGAAGUGGUGCACCUGAAUCCACGUACAACCUGAACGAGGCGGACAGCAGCCUGGGAGCCGUGGCUCCAGAGGGCAACCAGGAGCAGCCGGUCAGCAGGGAUGGCAAUGACGACCUCACCAAAGAGGACAUUGACUUGAUUGACAUCCUAUGGAGACAGGACAUCGACCUUGGUGCAGGAAGAGAGGUGUUCAACUACAGCAACCGUCAGAAGGAGAGUGAGGAGGAGAAGCCCAGCCCACGUGAGAACAAAGACCGGAAUGAGGAACAAGAGCGAUGGAGAAAUGGAGUAAACUUACAAGGUGCUCAACCAGUGGACGGGGAGACUGGAGAGAGUAUUCCAGAGCAGCUCCCAGUUCUUGGCUCACAGACUUCACCGUCUCUACAAGAAUGCUUGAGGCUGUUGGAGGCCACUUUCCCUUUUGGAGAAGAAUCUGAGUUUCCAGCUCCGGUUGUUGUCGCCACCGAAAUAGUUUCCAAUGAAGAAGUUCCUUCUACGUCUCAGGCCCUUCCUCUGGCACCACAGCUGCCCCCAGCAGAGCCACAGUUAGACCUGGAGCAGCAGUGGCAAGACAUCAUGGCCAUCAUGGAGCUACAAGCAAUGGAAGUGAACAGCUCUUCGCCCAACAGCAACUCCAGCAGUGACAGUGGCUCGAGUGGGACAACGGAGUCAAACACUGUGGGAAACUUUGGACUCUCUACUCGCUCAACGCCAGUAAACCAGGAUGUCAGCCUUCACCAGGCCUCCCUCCCCAGCUGCAGCCAAGACUUCCCUCAGAUUUUCAAUCCCCAGGUGGACUCUACUAGCGUCACCCCAAGAACCACCAUGGUCAGACUUUCUUCCAGCAACUCCAGCAGCAUCAACUCCACGUUUGGAGCCACUAACUUGACGGGGAUCUUUCUGCCACCACACGUUAAUAGUUCUAGUACCAACAUUACAUCCACACCCAUAUUGCCCGAUCCAUUCAGCAACCUGCUGGAAGAGUCCAUGCUGGACGAGAUCAGCUUGCUGGACCUCGCCAUGGAGGAGGGCUUCAGCCAGGCCCAGGCUUCGCAGUUGGAGGACGAACUUGACUCAGAUUCUGGUCUCUCCCUGGACUCCAGCCACAGCCCGGCAUCCCCAAGCAGCUCCGAGACAUCCUGCUCUUCGGUAGCUUCUUCGUCUUCAACAUCUGCCACCUUCUCCGAGGAGGGAGCCGUGGGGUACAGCACCGACUCUGAGGUUGCCACUGUGGAGACGGAGGAAGGGGCCGUCGGUGGUUAUCAGCCUGGGUACAGUAAGCUGUGCCGUAUGAGCUAUCAGAACCCCUCCCAGUUCCACGGCCUCCCUCAGCUCGACAACAUCAGCCACAAUCACACUUACAACCUGCCGCUUUCCUCUGUGUUCGCUGAGGAUCCAGAGCUCCCCCUUUCAGCUGGGAAGAAGACUUUCAAACACUCGAAGCUUCAGCCUCCUCAGGACUUGCUCGACAAGCACUCAAGUCGCGAUGAACGCCGAGCCCGGGGCAUGAAAAUCCCCUUCUCCAACGAGAAGAUCAUCAACCUGCCUGUGGAAGAGUUCAACGAGCUUCUAGCCAAGCACCACCUGAGCGAAGGCCAGCUAGCGCUCAUCCGCGACAUCCGAAGGCGUGGCAAGAACAAGAUGGCGGCCCAGAACUGCCGCAAGCGCAAGCUGGACACUAUCAUCAACCUGGAGCAGGGCGUGCACGAUCUGAGGCGCGACAAGGGCCGCCUGCUGAAGGAGAAGAUGGAGUUUAUUCGUUCCAUCCGGCAGAUGAAGCAGAAGAUGCAAAGUCUGUACCAAGAGGUGUUCUCUCAGCUACGGGAUGAGGAGGGCCGGCCCUACCCUCCCAGCGAGUACUCGCUCCAGUACAGCGCCGACGGCAGCGUGCUGAUCAUGCCCCGCGGCGUGACCACUGCCGAGCAGAACCGUAAGCCCGAGAAAAAACAAAAAGACAAAAAGAAGUGAGGGGGGGCAAACUGCUGUUUAUUCUAUCACUUUGCUAAAUCAACAAGAAAGAUUUCUGCAGAUGCAAGAGCGAUGUCCUUUUUUCCUUUAAGAAGAUUCUGGUGAGUAGAAAAGUGGCAUUGUUGACUACUCUUCCUGCAUUAGUUUCUCCCUUUUCAAUUUGUUGCUAAAAAAUUUUCCUGGAAACAACUUUGAAGCAGAAGUAGCUCUUCGUUUGAGUACUGAUAUUUCAUUAUUUAGACGGGGGGGAAACAACAAGCAAGGAGACGAGGGAUGGAAAAGGACAUAAAAUGAGCUAUUAGAAAGUUAGAAGCUGCUCUUGAUCCUUUUGCAGCAAACCGCUAAGGAUGGAGACGAUUCGUAGGGUAAAACAAGGAAGGGACUGGUAUCGAGAAAAGUGUGAGUAAAAGAACACUGUCGACGAGGACGGUUGGAAUACCUAUGCACCGAAGGUUUUAAAGGACAGAUCACAUCCCACCCUGGAGGCUUUUAGUGAUUUUUGUCACUGAGGCUUUUAAGUUGCAAAUCUUCAGGCAAAGAAAAGCAUCUAUGGUUGUGAGAGUUUACCAAAGGCUAAAGGAAGUCCAUCAUUUUUAGGAUGCCAUUAACACCUAUACUAACCAAAGGUUGGACAUGGUGCACAUCACUUGAUCUGAAUACAUUUUAAAUGCUCAAACACUACACUCCAAUUCUCUCGGUUCGUGUACGGCAAAUUCCAGUUUUUGAGUCUGUUUUGUCGGGCGCAUCUAGGUGAAGAUGGCCCUGAAGAGAUCGGGUUUGUUGUGUCAAUUGUAACGAGGAUGUUGAGACGAGAAAGAGACAGAGGCUGAGUGUUCCCGGGCUGGCCACUGCUAAAAGAGGCGAAGUCCUGCAAGAGGAGCAGAUGGAUGUUUUAGGGAGGAGGCACACUGCAUUGCAAAAUGUAUCAACUUCCUUAUAAAUUAUACAUAGCACUGUAAUUUGUCUUUAAAAAGGCUUGGCUAUAUGCAUUUUGCCGCGUCUGUCGCUAUUCCUUCGCUGCGGGUUUAAAUACGGGAGCUGCGUUUAGGAGGGCUCUUAUUAACUGUUCAUAAUCUGUAGUAUAAGCAAGGUUAUAGGUCUAUCCACAUCAGCUUUAUAUAAAAGUCUACACUCUUUUUUUAUUUUAUUUUAAAACUUCACGCAGAGCCUGUAAUCAUAAGAGGAAUUGAAGAUACUGUGAUGGGCCAGGAGCUCCAGAGAGUGUGAUUUCCACCACCUCCAGUUAUGGAUCAUUUGUCGUUUUUAUUUUUAUUUUUUCCACUUUGACGCCUCGUUUUAAGCACUAACUUAAAACGAUGCUCAGUUGUUGCUGUGGUUGAGCGAUAUCCCUUUUAAUUAACUUAUUUGCCAACGGUACCCAGCUGAAAGCCACUUGAGGCCAUUUUUUUAACUACUGUAAAGCCGAGUCCUAUGUUUUUGUGUUGAUAACAAAGUGAGCCAAGUUGUUACAUGGGAUGAAAAAGACAUUUGAAUGUGUGGAAUGAACGUGUGUGUUGUGGCCACUUUGAUUUGAAUGCCUUUAUUUCACAAUCUCAUUAUCUGUCACUUUAAAUGUUUUGAGAACUGGAGGACAACGUUCUCAAAGUAGAAGUGCUAUUACUUGUCUAUUUGAAUGAAGUUUUGUCAGUACAUGUUACAUCGCCCUCUUUCAAAAAGAUGAAAAAAAUAGGUAAAUUGUGCCAGCUGAUAGCGGUUAGGCUAGAAUAUUUACGAGAGGCUGAACAGAACUCGCAACAUUAAGAUGUCCAAAAAACAAUUUUUUUGAAAGGAGAAGUGUCCUCAUUAAAUGUGAUAUUCAGGCAUGAAACUGGUUAACAUUCACUUCAGUGCGACACCAACAAUUUAGUUCUGCUACUACUUAGUGCACUUUUUUUUGUCUGUCUUGUUAUGUAAAUAUUUUCAUGUUUGUGUUUGUCAUGAUUUAUGUAGUUUGUCUAAUGUCUCCAUAACGGUCUCACCCUCUGCUUUCAGUUUGGAUGUAGUUCCCUCUGUUUUGAGAUAUUUGCCGGCAAUCAAGAAUUGUUUUUAUUGAUUAAUAAAGUGUUUUUAUUUUCACCUGUGA